CCAUCCUCCUUUAGGUCGUGAAACGUUUCCGUGAGGGUGGCUACAACACUUUAGUCUCCACGUGUGUGGGCGAAGAAGGAUUGGAUAUUGGAGAAGUUGACCUCAUCGUUUGUUUUGAUGCUCAAAAAAGUCCAAUUCGGCUUGUGCAACGAAUGGGCCGAACCGGGCGCAAGCGGCAAGGGCGGAUCGUGGUCAUCCUUUCUGAAGGACGGGAAGAGCGAACAUACAAUCAAAGCCAGUUAAACAGAAGAAGCCUCCUCAAAGCUAUUUCUGAAAACAAAGGGCUCCACUUAUACCAGCACAGCCCACGGAUGAUUCCGGAAGGCAUCGACCCGAAGAUGCACAGGAUGCCAAUCACGCCUGCGGAGCGUGAGCCAAGCCCCUCCAAGCCCACCUCAAAAGGGAGGAGAGACCACACUCUUCUGCUGCAAAAGUGGCUUCCCUAUCCCACUGGGGCAGAUGCAAAGCAAACCCGUCCGUCCGAAGCUUGGUGCCUUACAGCUGAAGAAUUUGAAAGAUGGGAUAGAUUGUAUAAAAUCAAAGCUGGUGAUGGAAUAAGAAACCCAGUUCUGCCUCGAAGUCACUUUGAAACAUUAGAAGACGAGGAGACGAGAGACUCUCAAGCCAAGGAGGUCCAUGUGCUGUCUCUGACAGAGUGGAGGCUGUGGCAGAACCGCCCUUUCCCUACCCACCUGGUGGACCACUCGGAUCGCUGCCACCACUUCAUUAGCAUGAUGGAGAUGAUCGAGCAGAUGAGGCAUGAAGAGGUUGGUAAGCUCACAGCCUCACCGAACAAACAUUAUCUCCCUAUAAGAGUCAUGUCAGAUUUUGUAGUUUGCAUGAGACGGCGGCGUUGUGCCUUUGCUGAAGGAAGCUGAGCAGGCCGAGGGGCC